GAAAUACCAUUUAAUAUGUAUAAAUGCAUAUUGUAAAUAGAUUUUUGAUUUAAAAUAAUAUUGAUGUUUCUUUUUUUCAAAAAUAACUAGCUGACAAAAAUAACUUACAGCUUCAAUCAAUAAAUUCCAGCUUAGCCAAAUUUGUUAUAAUUGCAGUAUUUUUUCUUAGAGAUUUUUUAGCUAGUAAGUCUGGCAACGCUAGCGCAGCAGAAUGUUGGCUGAAAUUACAAGGAGUGCAAAUACUGCUUUCUCACGUGUAUUGAGUAGGCGAUUGUCCCGGCCGAUUAACGCAGCGUCAGCAAAAACAGUUGCAACCAGUUAUAGACAGAUACAACAACAGAGUUUACGGACAACUAAUUUAGACAUGCCGCUGUACGAAACCGUUGCGAAAGGCGCCAAGAACUCGUCCAACUACAGCCUCUAUUUCAAAAACAACUGCGGCAAUGUCAUUUCACCAAUGCACGACAUUCCACUGUUCGCCAACAAGGAGAAGACCGUCUACAACAUGGUCGUCGAGGUGCCACGUUGGACAAACGCCAAAAUGGAGAUUAGUCUGAAGACACCGAUGAAUCCCAUUAAGCAGGACAUUAAGAAGGGCAAGCUGCGGUAUGUGGCCAAUUGUUUCCCCCACAAAGGUUACAUUUGGAAUUAUGGCGCAAUGCCGCAAACCUGGGAGAAUCCCAGUCACAUUGAACCAUCGACGGGCUGCAAGGGCGACAAUGAUCCCAUCGAUGUCAUCGAGAUUGGCUAUCGUGUAGCCAAACGUGGCGAUGUGAUGCAGGUCAAGGUGCUGGGCACCAUUGCGCUGAUUGAUGAGGGUGAAACCGAUUGGAAGAUCAUUGCCAUCGAUGUGAACGAUCCGCUGGCAUCGAAGGUCAACGAUGUCUCCGAUGUGGAUCAAUAUUUUCCGGGUCUGUUGCGUGCCACAGUCGAGUGGUUCAAGAUCUACAAGAUACCCGAUGGCAAGCCGGAGAAUCAAUUUGCGUUCAAUGGCGAUGCGAAGAGCGCGGAAUUUGCCACCUCGAUCAUUGCGGAGACGCACAAAUUCUGGCAAUCGCUGAUCAAUCAGACCAAUGUGGCAACGCCGGCAAUCGCUUGCCAGAAUCUUACCAAUGCCAACUCGGAAUACGUUGUGGGCAAAGAUGUGGCUGCCAAAUUUCUGAAUGAUGCCCCCGAUGGUGGCGAGGUCGAGGAAGUAGUCGACACAGUCGACACUUGGCACUUCAUCCAUCUGAAGUGAGUUGAAUGAUUGAUUGAUUGAUCGAUUGAUGAAUAUCAAUAUACAUGUGAAAUCUAUAUAAUGAUGAUAUAUAUAAAAAUAAAAAUAAAGUAAUCUUUCAGCAGCUGGAAAAAUGUGAAAUGAAAUCCGAUUUGCCUCCACUUGAAA